UGUCAAGAGUGUCAAGCCUAUAGCAACGACGCGGACGAGACACGUUCCAACCAUUGUGGACAAACGUAUCAACGAACGGAAUUCUUCAAAUCUUGUGUCGCUGGGCAAUGGUCGUCGUUGGAAACGGGGCUUUAAUCUAUGGUGGUGUUCGUUCACGAGAUUGGCGAGCCUGCAGUGGACGACACUUGAUUCACUUUCAUUGACUUUAGUGACGUCGAUUCGUGGGAGGUGUACUUUUGUCCGGAGUUCAUGAUUUGAGACGUUUAUUUAAAGUUGUUGCGCGUCACGAUUGUGCGAAACGAUGGCUGACAACGAACAGAAAGCGAUACAACUACUGGCCGAGGCCGAGAAGAAACUGAGCUCGAAGGGUUUCUUCGGCUCGCUGUUCAGGGGAUCGUCAAAAGUAGAAGAGGCUGUAGAAUGUUACCAACGCGCUGCAAAUAUGUUCAAGAUGGCAAAGAAAUGGAGUUCGGCUGGCAGUGCUUUCCUCGAAGCAGCCGAGUUGCACCUAAAAGCAGGCAGUCGCCACGACGCCGCCACCAAUUAUGUAGAUGCUGCUAAUUGCUUUAAGAAAUCCAAUAUAAAUGAGGCAAUUAGUUGUCUGCUGAAGGCGAUCGAGAUUUACACCGACAUGGGUCGAUUUACAAUGGCAGCCAAGCAUCAUCAAAGCAUAGCCGAAAUGUACGAAAGCGAGGCGGUAGAUCUCGAGCAAGCUGUUAAUCAUUACGAGCAAGCUGCCGACUACUUCCGUGGAGAAGAAAGCAAUUCCUCCGCCAAUAAGUGUCUUUUGAAAGUUGCACAAUACGCCGCGCAACUUGAAAAUUAUGAUAAGGCUAUACAAAUUUAUGAACAGGUUGCCUCUGCAUCUUUAGAAAGUUCUCUAUUGAAAUACAGUGCAAAGGAUUACUUCUUUCGAGCGGCGUUAUGUCACUUAUGCGUUGAUGCAUUAAAUGCACAACAUGCGAUCGAACGUUAUCAAGAACAAUAUCCUGCAUUCCAAGACUCCAGGGAGUAUAAACUGAUAAAGACACUAAUAGAACACCUCGAGGAACAACACCUCGAAGGUUUUACAGAAGCAGUAAAGGAAUAUGACUCAAUCUCACGAUUGGAUCAGUGGUACACAACAGUAUUAUUACGUAUUAAAAAGCAAGUUAACGAUAAUCCAGACUUACGCUGAUCGGUUGUUCCUCUUUUGUGCUAUUUCCUAUCGAUGAUAUUAUUAAUUCAACCCUGCUUUCAGUGGAAUUUGUAAAGUAGUUUCGUUUUUAUACCCAAAUAUAUUUUUCAUAACAUCUCCUAGCACUCUUGGCAACUAUUACAUGUUCAUCUAUUGAGUUAUCAUAUACGCAUAGAGUAUUGUCAUCAGAGUACGAAGAAUGAACUUUAAAUAUUCUAUGGAACUUAUAUUAGGUCAUUCAAAAUGCCGAUAUACAGGGCAUACGAGUAAACAUAGAAAUAAAUAAUAUUGGAAUCCUGUUGGUAUUCAUACUUAUAAAUAUAUAAAUAGCUUGCCAAUGAGCCCCACAGCUUUGUGUAAUUUUAUUCAGAUCGCGUACAAUCGAAAUGAGUUCUGGAGAUAAAAAAAAACAAAAAAAAAAAACAAACAAUUAAUUUUCAUAAGUUUAACGGUUUCUGUAGAUUGUGGUACAGUUUCAAAUGUACGUUGUAGAACGAAAACUUAUUUGGCCUGUUCUUGUUUUGUAUUCGUGACAUCGUUUAAUAUUGUCACGUUCUUUCUGGACAUUGUAACAAAAUGGUAGAUCGUCGGUUGCUACCUUUAUACUGCCAGAGUAUCGGAAUAAUAAAUAUGGUAAACCCAUUGCUCUUUUCAGAUUAAUUAUACUUUCUGUCGAUAUAAAAUUUUCUUUCCCUUUCGAAAUUCUGCUCCGAAAAACGUAGCGAAUAUGUAAUUUUAAUCUUUAAGUACACAUUCGGCACCAAUCGAUUCUCGUAUAUCGAUGUUUCUUUUACGUUUAUGUAGCAUUUGUAAAGAAGUAUCGAGCACAUUUUCUUUAUGGUUAAACUUAAUUUUCGGAAAGGGUAACGAACGUGAUCAUGAUAUGCAUUUAAGUGUAAAUGUUAUAAUCAGGGCCGGCCAACAAAUCGGGUUGCUUCGAUAACAAAGAAAAACUUAAAAAUUGAUAGAACUUAAUUGAGCGUAGUUUUUCACAGAGAUGGGUAAAUUCUAAUUUUCAUUCGACCAAUAACGAAUAAAAUAUUGUUUAUUCCCCAUUCAUUGUUUGAGAUUUUUAGCUAGACAAGAAUUCUGCCCAUCUUCAAACUUUCCAUAUCAAUUUUUUUACUGAUGAAGUAGAGACUGAGAAAAUUAUUAGCAAACUUUUUUGUUCAAAAACAUUUAAAAUACGUUUCUAAAAAGGCUGUGCCUAAGCUUGACAAUAAUUUGUGUAAUAAUAUCGUUGUUUAAUGAAAUAUUACAUUCGUAUUAAUUUAAAUUUUUAAAAUUACGAUUUCGUUUAUCUUUGAUUCGUAACAUAAGUUACAAAAUGGAGCCUAAAUUAGAAAUACCAUAGAGAUAGAGAGAGAGAGAAAUUUAGCAACUCGAACGCCGGCUCCGAUUAUAAUUGUAUUUUACAUAACUUUGUUCUUCGUUGUAUUUUAUAAAGUACUGUUAUUUAUAUAUUUGUAAUGUUGAAAAAAUUGAUUUUUAUCGAUGUAUAUUUGUAUGUAGAGGUAGCAUGUAUAGUGCAUAUUAGAAAUUAGCGAGGAUUUAAACAUGUAAACGUUAAUUUAUUUCUGAUUAAUUUAACCGAGGAUACAUUUCAAUUUUACCACAGCAUUUUCUAUUCGAAACAAGCUGUAUCGUUUGGAUAUAUUUACUAGACAUGUAUGAAAAGGUAAUAGGAAUAGAAAUAAGAACUUACAUGCACAGGGUGUAACGGAGCGUGAACUGACAUCAGCGUACGAAGUGAAACGCAAUUGUUAAUGCAGAUAAUUUACGCUUCACUUUCUUUAAAAAAAAAGAAAGAAACACGUCAUUGUAAAGAAAUUCGUUGAUCUUUUACUUUCGUCAAAAAGAAAUCGCAGGAUUUAAACGUAUGCGAGAAGUAGCAACUACUACCAUGUAAUCUUCCAUGUAACAAAUUCUUUAUACACAUUUAUGUAUAUACUAGAGGUCAUGAUUUACAACGUGUAUUUAAUACACGGAUAUUAAAAUACACGUGUGCCAAUUCGAAUAAAUCAUUGUUCAAAUAAGGAACAACAGAUGAAAUCUUAUUUUUUGUUUGUCGUACAUUCAAUAUUAUUAGUUAUUCGUGUAUUGGCCCUCUGGUCGAGUGAACAGAAUUUGUUCUAUUGCUGUGCACACGUAGGGAGUAACGAAUGAAAACAAAUGGCUAUAAAUGUUAAGUUGUUUGCUUAACACUAAAACUACCAUCAACAUUAUGUAUACCUACUUCUACCGUAGAAGUAAAAAUAGCUUGUUAUUGAAAAUAACAAGUACGAUGUCACAAUAUUGUAUUUGUAAAGAAAGGAAUGUUGACCGAUACGAGUCACAUGCUUUUAUGAGCAAGCAAGAAUAAUGGAGAAAGGAAACUGCUUUAUGAAAUUAACCGUUUACGUACGUCGAUAAAAGUCAUACAAAAUCUAAAAAAAUAAGAUGUACCGAAAACGGUUAGUUAUCAUUAUAAAUGACAAAAUAAAUAAAUUUAUUCGUUAUUCGAAAUAACUGUUGGCCAACACUGGCAUUCAUGUAUUUUGGAUACGCUUGCAAUGGUGAUCUCUAAUAUAUAGGCACACAUAUGUAUAUGUAUAUUAGUUUCGUAAUUCUAAUUUCUCGACCAAUGGGUAUUAUUCAUUGGUCAAUACCUAUGAUUAAUACCUGCUUCUUCGAUAGCAGUAGUAUGGUCUUAAUAGAGUCGUUAAUUAUCAUCUCCCGAUAAUCACAUUCACAAUUAUGCGUAUAUUAUCGAGAUUGUAUAACCGGGCUAUAAUUUCACACUAUAUUAUACAAUUUAUGAAUGCAUCGAUAGCGGCUACGCUCUUUCGAAACUUUGAUAAUCUGUGAAGUUAAGCUAAUUAAUAUUUAUCGACCAACGUGUACUCUAUACUACUUUUCUCCUAGUGUCGAAAGAAAGUAGCCAUUGCAACAACACACGAUCUAUUGACGUAUCGAUGCGAGCAAAUAUGUACAACGUUCCGUUCCCGUUUAAUGUUGAUCGUAUAAUUCAAAGUUUAUUUCGUUGUAUUUGUUUGUUACUCUGUUUAAAUUUCCGUUCGUAAAAAAGUCGAAGAACAUACGUACCGGAUACUCUGAAAGCGUAUUAUCGUAAUUAAUUUUCGUUGUGCGUGUUAAAGUUUAUUUAUUUAUCUGUAUAUAUAUAUAAGUAUGUUGGUGUAUUGUGUAUAUCGUUUUUUAAUUUACGAUUAAAAUGAAACUACAUUAAAAUCGAUAGAGACGUUUUGUAACGUGGCUUUUACGUUAGCAUACUAGGUAUCUGAAAAUAUUCGUCACAAGCAAUUUUGUACUACGUAUUUUGGGACAUCCUAGAAUAUGUAACACGUUGGCUACUUACAGUAGUAUGUCGAGUUUCAACAAAGUUUACAGCACCCACUUAAAUAGAUUCCCUAAUGGCAAUGUUGAUGUGCUUAAAAAGCUAUUACAACCCCGUUAUUGAUAACAAGGGUAAUACCGUACGCAGCAAAAAAAAAAAGAAAAAAGUAUCUAGACAACUGGUAACCAUUUUAUAAAGCGUCCUACAUAUUAUUCAAUAAAAUUAAUUUAACACUCUACGCAUUUUCGAAACUCUAGCAUAGUAGCGAUAUAGACAAUAUAAUAGAGCUCUACGUUUGUCAGCAAUUUAAUGAAAUUACUCGUUCGAAGCAUGCGUAGUUUUCUUUUUUAUAUAAAACAUAAAUAUGCAAUAACAAUGUAGAAGAAGAGGUACACCGUUUCUCAUGUUCUAUUGCGUGUAGUCGAUCACAUAUAACGAUAGAUUUACUUUGUAAAUAAAGAUAAUUGGAUACGAAUUCUGCAUUGGUGUCUGGAUCAUUGAAUAGAGAUUAUCGAAAUAUUUCGAGUUAAGUCGAUGAACGAUGAAUUUCAGAUAUGAAAGGUUUGUAA